GCAGUGCAGAUUUCGGUCAAUCAACUGUGGUUUAAUUCAUAAGCAUUCCGUCCUACCAGAAUGAAGCCCUUAUGGCCGACGCUUACGGCUGUAAUCGUUGCACUUCUUGGAAAGGCCCCCAGCGUCGAUGGUGCCAGAAUUUUGCUCGUCUCUUCCUUCCCCGGGAUGAGCCACUGGUUGACGUUCGAACAUGUGGUGAAUGAACUGCUCGAACGGGGACACGAAAUCACCGCUAUAACAAACUACCGGCUUCAGAACUCGAAUCACACCGAUCGUUACCGGGAGGUGCUGAUCGAACCGAUGUUCGAUUUCGAAACUGAUCUUCCGAUGGAGUCGUACUAUCGUACGUCGUCUUUUACGAAUCCAUUUUACAAACUGAAGAUUCUGUGGUGGCUUGGACUGGCAACGACUCGACAUGCUUUCGAGAGUGAAAACGUGCAACGGUUCAUGCGUGAGGAUGGCUUGAGUUUCGAUUUGGUGAUUGCCGAGCAGUUUGCCCAGGAGGCUUUUCUGAUGUUCGGUCAUAAGUACAAGGCUCCGAUCGUCACCAUUAACACGUUAGGUUACACCGAUUACAUUGACCGUUCGUUUGGGAUGAUAACGCCGUUGUCAUUCGUGCCCCAUUUCUUCACGGAGCUCACCGAUGAAAUGAACUUUUACGAACGCUGCUUCAACGUGGUACUGACGAUUUAUGAUUGGGCCUAUCGGAAGUUCGUGUACCUACCGAAACACAAUUCCAUGGCAAGGCAGUACUUUAGCGAUCGGAAAAAUCCAUCGAUAGCUUUUCCUUCAGUGGAAGAACUGGAUCGGAAUGUGAGCGUGAUUUUGUCCAAUAAUCACAUCACGUCGUUCAGGCCAAGACCGAAGAUGAUCGGAAUGGUUGACAUUGCUGGACUCCAUAUAAGACCACCGAAUGGUUUGCCGCAAGACAUACAGAAAUUCCUCGACUCGUCCCCAUCCGGAACCAUCUACAUUAACUUUGGAACGUUCCUCCGCAGUUCGGCAAUGCCACGGGAAACACUGGACGUAUUCCUUCAGGUAUUUCUAAAUCUUCCACAGUACAACUUCCUCUGGAAAUGGGAAACUGAUCAAUUGCCAGAUCUUCCCCCGAACGUCCUUCUGCGGAAGUGGAUACCGCAAAAUGACGUCCUCGUCCACCCGAACGUGAAGCUUUUCGUCACCCAUGGUGGCAUAUUCGGUGCCCAGGAAGCCGUCUACUGGGCCCGUCCGAUGCUGUUUGUUCCCUUCUACGGCGAUCAGCAUGGGAAUGCGCUGAAACUGCAAAAGGCCGGAGUUGGACUGACGAUGAACAUUGCGAACGUGACGGUCGACGAGUUUCAGGGAAAGGUACGGGAAAUUGUGGAGAAUCCCAGCUUCCAGCACAGUGCGAAUCGACUGUCACGGUUGUUUAGGGACAAUCCAACCGAUCCGCUGGAGGAAGCCGUUUUCUGGAUCGAGUACAUCAUUCGACAUCACGGGGCCAGUCAUCUGAAGUCGGCUGCGGUGAGGAUGCCAUGGUAUCAAUAUCUGCUGUUGGAUGUGGUGGCUGUAGCGGUUGUUGUUUUAUAUGCUAUUGCGUGGCUUUUAAAAUGCGUCUUUAUUAAAAUAUGCGGUCUCAAACAAGAUUCUGAUAAGGAGACAGAAAAGAAGAAGAAGCUUUGA